AUGGGCUGCUUCGCUACUGCAUUACCUUCUUCAAACUCAUCCAAUGGAGCUCUCGAAAUCUUCGAGUCUUCAUUGAGUGACCUCGCGGAAGUCUACUACCAAGGUUCAGAAGAAUUCGCUAAUGCUACUAUACGAUGGGGCGCCGGGCAAACUCCCCAUUACGAUAUGAUCGUGAAAGUUGCAACAGAGGAAGAUGUGCAAGCGGCUAUACUAUACGCCAAUGCGAACGACAAGCCAUUCCAUGCUAUUUCGGGCGCUCAUGCGACGACGACAUACCUCAAUAACAUUACCAAUGCUGUUGGUAUCUAUCUACGGGGUAUGAACGACAUCGUUAUCGCCGAUGAUGGCGACACUGCUCUCAUCCAAGGUGGCAUCCUUAAUGGCGAUGUCACUGACUUUCUCUGGGCCCAUGACAAGCAAACCAUGACAACGGCCUGUGCUUGCGUUGGUUACAUCUCACCUAUCCUCGGUGGCGGUCACGGCUGGAACCAAGGAAGGUACGGCCUGGCAUCUGAUCAGCUCGUAUUCGCGCGUAUGGUGCUCGCCAAUGGUACCGCUAUCACUGUCGACGAGAAUAACCCGGAUCUGUUCUGGGCGAUACGUGGUGCUGGUCAUAAUUUCGGCAUCGUGACUGAGGCUGAGAUCAAGAUCUAUGACAAAAAGCCAGAUGUGGACCAAUGGGCAGUCAGCGGCUACUUCUAUACACACGACAAGAUGGAGGAUGUUGUAUCAGUCGCGAACAGCUGGAUGGUGAUGGCAAACAGGUCAGUGAGCCUUGAACACUACGUUGUGUUCUCUUUCGAUCCUGAAGUGGAUCCGGUAAAUCCCAUUGUAAUCAUCUGGGUCAUCUACCAAGGCGCCAGCACCGUUCCGACGCAGUACACCGACCCUCUCGUCGCACUCUCGCCCAUUUCUACCGACUCCGGCGUGACCGACCUCGCUGGUGUGAGUAAGUACACAGGCGCCGACCGCAACGGCCCAUCGUGCACCAAAGGCUUCACUCGUUCUCUAGUCCCCGUAUCAGCAGACACAUACGACAAUCCCUCUCUCCGUAAAGUUCUCGACAUUAUGGCAACCUUCCCCCCAGAGUUCCGCAGCUCAGCCGUCCUACUUGAAAGCUACUCUACCAAUCGCGUUGGCGAGAUACCUAGUGAUAGCACAGCAUACCCGGACCGAGACGGCCAGCUGCUGUUCUCGCCGUUCAUGACGUACGAGAAGGAUGCUAGUCUGGAUGCAGCAGCGUGGGGUUUUGCGGGCGAGAUACGCGAUACUUUGAUUGAAGGGACAAACAAGACCUACGAGGCUUACAUCAAUUACGCGAGGGGAGACGAGACGACUGAGGAGCUCUAUGGGUAUGAAGCGUGGAGACUGGAGAAGUUGAGAAGGCUGAAAAAGGAGUACGACCCUUUUGGCAAGUUCAACUUCUUUGCUCCAAUUCUGUGA